ACAGACUGGCGAUUCUUUGCAGACGUUUUCCCCAUUCCCGUUUAUCCAUCAACAGACCUAUGUAGAUGCUGGUCAUACAAAGUGGGUGAAAGUAAUACCACUCCAACCUUGACCUUCACAGCUUGUGUUGUCAAAACAGUCUUAUCCCUGCAGCACCAGGAAGGCCAAAGCUAACAUGUCUUUAAACACAUGUGCUGGCCAGGAGGAAUAGCUGGCCAUAUUUAACCUUGAACCCACAAUCUCUUCUCUUCAUUCUGCUGACAACUGUAGAGCUGGUGUAGGUUGCAACUUCAAGCUGCCCAUUCCUUGUUCAGAAGUCAGAGGGUAAAUAAGACACACAAAAAAAUGACGAAAUUCCAAGUUGACAGCCCCAACGUUACGUACGGCGAUCGUUACAUCGAAGCGGAUUAUGAAUACUGCACGUCACGCGUGGAGCCGGCCUCCGACGGGGGGUACAAGGUCACUCCAAACACCACCCGAUUGCGUAUCCGGACGGAACGUCAAGUCCCUAAACUCGGUGUUAUGUUGGUUGGCUGGGGUGGCAAUAAUGGAACGACCGUCACCGCUGCCGUCCUUGCCAACAAGCUAGCGUUGUCUUGGCCUACCCGCAACGGGCACCAGGAGGCUAACUACUAUGGGUCCCUUAUGAUGUCAUCUACCGUCUCGCUAGGGAUGGGCGCUGACGGCCGGGAUGUUUACAUCCCUUUCCAUGACCUGUUGCCCAUGGUGCACCCAGACGACAUCGUGCUUGAUGGCUGGGAUAUUUCAUCUUUAGAUCUUGCAUCCGCCAUGGAACGGGCCCGUGUUCUUGAACCAUCACUACAGGAACAACUCCGCCCUUAUAUGGAAAAGAUGAAACCAAGGCCAUCAAUUUACUCACCAGACUUUAUCGCAGCCAAUCAAUUGGAGAGAGCCGAUAAUCUCAUCGUUGGAACAAAGCGAGAACAAAUCGAUCAAAUCCGCAAAGAUAUUCGCGAUUUCCGCGCCGAGCACGCUUUGGACAAAGUCAUUUUGCUUUGGACGGCCAACACGGAGCGCUUCGCUGAUAUCGUUCCAGGACUAAACGACACGGCCGAAAAUUUAAUGCGUUCCAUCAAAAACGAUGCCAGCGAAAUCUCGCCGUCGACGUUGUUUGCUGUGGCUAGCAUCUUAGAAGGGUGCGCAUUUAUCAAUGGAUCGCCCCAAAACACGUUUGUUCCCGGUUGUAUUGAAAUGGCAGAGAAGGCUAACGUCUUCAUCGGUGGCGAUGAUUUCAAAUCGGGCCAAACGAAGCUCAAGUCUGUGCUAGUUGAUUUCUUGGUCAGCGCCGGCCUCAAGCCUGUUUCGAUUGUCAGUUACAAUCACUUGGGAAACAAUGACGGCAAAAAUCUUUCUGCCCCACAGCAAUUCCGCUCCAAAGAGAUUUCCAAGAGUAAUGUCGUGGACGAUAUGGUGGAGUCUAAUCCUGUUCUCUACAAACCGGGAGAGAAACCUGAUCACACUGUUGUGAUCAAAUACGUACCUUAUGUCGGUGACAGUAAGCGUGCCAUGGAUGAAUAUACCUCGGAGAUCAUGAUGGGUGGCCACAACACUCUGGUUAUCCACAAUACGUGUGAAGACUCGCUUUUGGCUAGCCCCAUUAUCCUUGAUUUAGUAAUUUUAACCGAAAUAUGCCAACGGAUUACUUUCCGCGGACCAAAUCAAACGAAUUACCAACCGUUCCACUCAGUCCUAUCUAUCCUCAGUUACUUGUGCAAGGCCCCUCUAGUUCCCGAAGGCGCACCCGUUAUUAACUCGCUCAACCGUCAGCGAUCUAGCAUCGAGAAUAUUUUUCGCGCUUGCCUUGCUUUGCCUCCAGUUAAUCAUAUGAUGCUGGAGCAUCGUUUCGCCAAGCCUCUUCACGUUUCAAGCCCAACGGCGGCUGCCAAAGGCGAAACCAAGCUCGACAGCCCAACCAAAACCAAGCCUUACAUAAAUGGUAUCUCGCAAAUCACGGAGGGGGUUAACGGUCUCUAAAAAAAAAAUAAUUAUUAGUAAAAGCUAGUCGACAUGACUGCUUCGUAUGGACCACCGUUCAAAACACUUUACAACGCGUUUUUCGCGUGAUGCCCGUCUCAGUUAAAUCUGUAUGAAUUUAGCGAAUUAAUUACCUAUGAUUGCCAACAACUAUUUGCCAACAGCUAUAUAAGACCAGAAUAUCCAAAUGGAAGAGAACAUUUUUCAUUACAUUACAUCCCUCGUUCAGUUGUCUCGUACAAUGAAAAUACAGAGAAAAACUGAAAAGUAAA